AUGGAGAAGAUGAAGGGAAUAACUUUCGAUAUAAGAAGAAAAUUAUGGCCAAUUUUUUGUCAAUAAUAAGAUAUUUAUUCGAAAUCUUUCAAUAUUUUGAGAGCUUAUGCUUAAUAUGAUAAAGAAGUUGGAUAUAUUUAAGGCAUGUCUUUUAUUGUUAAAGCUAUUUUAAUGCAUUUACAUCCAGAAAACGAUAAGGAAUUCCCUGAUAUAUAUUUCCUAGAUUCCACUUAUGAAAGAAUAGCUUUUUGGAUUUUCUAUUAUAUUAUGUAUGAAAAAUAAUGGAGAGUACUUUUUUUAGACGGCCAGCCUGGUCUCUAUGAAAUUUUGAAUAAAUUUAAAAAGAAAAUGGAAUAAAAUUUAUCAAAAAUACAUGAACAUAUAAUUGGUUUCGAAGUAUUAGAUAUGUUAUUAACAAUAAAAGAAUUAAAUUUAAAAAAAGAAAAUUUCCAAUUAGUUUAAGUUUCUAAUGCAGAAGGUGAUUAUAAUUUAAAGGACCCAUUAUAUUAAAUAGGAGGUGUAGGUCUAUUUACAAAAUAAGUUGAGAAUGAAUUAAUAAAUAAUAAUGCGGAUAUAGCAGUUCAUUCAUUAAAAGAUCUUCCAACAAUAAUAGACGAAAAACUAUAUAUUGGAGCAGUUCCACAUUUAAAAAAAAGAAGCGAUAUAGUAAUUAUUUCUGAAAAAAAUUCAGAAAAAACCUUAUAAACAUUACCAGAAGGAAGUAUAAUAGGAACAUCAUCACUGAGAAGAGUGAAUUCUCUAAAGUAUCGUUUUCCUCAUUUGAAAUUUGAGAACAUAAGAGGAAAUUUGAACACAAGAUUAAACAAGUUAAAAACAGGUUAAUAUAAUGCUAUAAUAUUAGCAUAUGCAGGAGUAGAAAGAUUAGGUUGGACAGAUAAAAUAACUUAAGUUUUGGACGAAAAAGAAUAUUUUUAUGCUCCUGGAUAAGCAGCAUUAGGCAUAUAAUGCAGAAAAGAUGAUAUUUUAUCAAUAAAAAUGUUACAAUAUAUAAAUAAUAGAGAAGCAUAAAUAAGAGUAGAAGCCGAAAGAUAAUUUUUGAAUAGUUUAGAAGGUGGAUGUAAAUUACCUAUUGCUGUUUAUAGCGAGUUAAAUGGCGAAAAAUUACUUUUAAAAGGAUAAGUUUGGGAUAAUAAUGCUACUUAUACUAUAAAAGAUGGUUUUUUUUAUUUAAAUUUAUUUUAUUUUGUCUUUUUUAAAAGAAAUCGAAGGAAAUAUUAAUGA